AUGGACGAGGAAGAAAUACUUCGAGCGUCCAUGGGAUUACCAAGAACCCCGAUAAGAGGGAGGAGCUCAAGCUUGGGCCGACCCUCCACAUACACCGAAGAAAUAGAAAUACAGGAAGACCAACAACAAAAAAUUGAGGACCAACAAACAAACUUAGACAAACCUACAGGAGAACUAAUCAUGGACAAUGCGACCAAAAUUCAAAGACUUAGAGACCAAACAAUCGCCUCUAUCUCAAGAACAACACCGGAAGGUAGAGGAAAGAUUCAAUUUAACAGUAAAGACCGCCUAGCCGUACUAGAGAACACAGAUGCAAUAAUCAGCAUCUACAACCAGUUAAUAACGCAUCUAUACCUACAAGAAAACAAAAUUUCGAAUCUACACGACCAGCUCAUCAUACAUCUAAACAAUAAAAACACGUCCGAAUAUGAAACACACAGCACACAACACACACGAACACAAAAUGCUUUUAAAAGAGGUACACGACCUAAAACAACUCAUAGUCAACACACACAACACCAAAACACACACACCAACACCUACACCAAAACAAACACACAAUCAAGCACCAGAAACACAGCACACAACUACACGGACCUCGCAACAAAGACACCCAACACCUACACCAACACACCCAACACCUACACCAACACACCCAACACCUACACCAACACACCCAACACCUACACAUACAACAACACGAACGACACAGGAAUCAAAACACACGAUACCGCCGAAACAACAACGGACACACCACAAACAAAGACGUACGCCACAAUAACGAAAACAGCAAACGAAAAACCUAAGGAACAGCCAUGGACAACCCCCAAAACUAAAAGACGAUACGAUACAAUGAUCAAACUCAAACAAGGAGACAUAGGCAAACUAAUGGACGAACUAAGACACACCAUAAAACCAAAGGACCUAGAAAACAUGACAAUUCAACGUACAAAAGAUGACAAUACAAUAAUUAUAACGACCGAAGACAAGGUCAAACAGAGAAUUUAA